AUGCUCCCCACUACCAUCUUCAUCUCCCUCUCCCUCUCCGCCCUCCUCACUCUCACGUCUGCAGCCUCACCAACCUCCUUCUGCAAAUGCACCUGCUUCACCAACAGUACCAUUAUCCCCCUGGACGCCCCUAUCUCCACCUCCCCGCGCAUAAUGCACAACGCUCUCCUCCUCCCUCGCGCCCCUGACGACCCCGACGAUGCGCAAGACCGCAUACCAGAUGAUCCUCCUGCAGACGAUGCGCCUCCAGAGACGCUGCCGGACGGAGACGGUGGGAAGGGGAAGGGGAAGGGGGAGGAGGGGGAUGAUGAUCGGAAGGAAUAUCGGGCGGGGAACUGCAAUGAUUGUAAUAGGCAGUUCUGUUUGGAUUAUAAUCUGCCGAUCUGUAAAGGCGCGGGGAUGGAGGAUGUGUUUACUACAUGUUUUCAACGAGACUCGAGAAAGGAUGAGGCGGUGGUCUUUAUAUUCAUUAUUGCUACGGCAGCAUUGCUGAUCUGGGCUGCCAUCAAGCCGUGGGUGGCGAAGUGGGUUGAUAGUGCGAGAGAACGAAGGAGCUAUAUACCGGUGUCGAGUCAGGGUGAUAGCUAA